GUAUUAAUUAUUUUGAAGGAUGUGGGUCCAUUAAUCACUGAUGAACUUUGCUUUCCAGCUUUCAAAUUUUGCUGUAUGCACUAUCAGUAUUAACUAUUCAUUCACAUGCGAGUCAUUGCUCCUUACUUGCAAUUAUUUCUAUCAUUCAAUCUUCAUAGUUCUUAAUUUCCUUCAAAAUUUCAUCUAAAACUUUUUUCCUUGCUGCUUUACUAUACCAAUCAGAGAUGGCUGCAGCUUUGGUUGGAGGUGCGUUUCUGUCUGCUUCUGUUCAAACCUUAAUGGACAAACUAACUUCACCUGAGUUUCGUGAUUAUUUCACAAGAACAGAGUUGAAUGAAUCAUUGAUGUAUGAGAUGGAAACAAGUCUACUUACUCUUGAGGUUGUACUAGAUGAUGCAGAGGAGAAGCAGAUCCUCAAACCCAGAAUCAAACAAUGGUUGGAUCGGUUAAAAGAUGCAAUCUAUGAUGCAGAGGAUUUACUCAAUCAAAUCAGCUACAAUGCCCUACGAUGCAAGCUGGAGAAGAAACAAGCUAUCAAUUCUGAAAUGGAGAAGAUUACAGAUCAGUUUCAGAACUUGCUUUCAACUACAAACUCAAAUGAAGAGAUCAAUUCUGAAAUGGAGAAGAUUUGUAAAAGGCUGCAAACUUUUGUCCAGCAGAGCACCGCCAUCGGCUUGCAACACACUGUAAGUGGUAGAGUUUCUCAUAGACUGCCUUCAAGUUCAGUGGUAAAUGAAUCUCUCAUGGUGGGUAGGAAGGGUGACAAAGAGACAAUAAUGAACAUGUUGCUAUCACAGAGAGACACAACCCAUAAUAAUAUAGGUGUUGUUGCAAUUUUGGGCAUGGGAGGUUUAGGAAAAACUACCCUUGCCCAACUUGUUUACAAUGAUAAAGAAGUUCAACAACAUUUUGAUUUGAAGGCAUGGGUUUGUGUGUCUGAGGAUUUUGAUAUUAUGAGAGUAACAAAGUCUCUCCUUGAAUCUGUCACUUCCACAACUUGGGAUAGCAAAGAUCUUGAUGUCCUUCGAGUUGAGUUAAAGAAAAUCUCGAGGGAGAAAAGAUUUUUGUUUGUGUUCGAUGAUCUGUGGAAUGACAAUUAUAAUGAUUGGAGUGAACUAGCAAGUCCCUUCAUUGAUGGAAAACCUGGAAGCAUGGUGAUUAUAACAACGCGCGAACAAAAAGUUGCUGAGGUGGCACACACAUUUCCUAUACAUAAAUUAGAACUUCUAUCAAAUGAAGAUUGUUGGUCCUUACUUUCAAAGCAUGCAUUGGGAAGCGACGAGUUUCACCAUAGUUCAAACACAACCCUUGAAGAAACAGGCAGGAAGAUUGCAAGAAAGUGUGGAGGAUUGCCAAUAGCUGCUAAAACAUUAGGAGGACUUCUACGUUCAAAGGUAGACAUAACAGAGUGGACUUCAAUUUUGAACAGCAACAUAUGGAACUUGCGCAAUGAUAAUAUUCUUCCUGCAUUGCAUUUGAGUUAUCAAUAUCUUCCCUCUCAUUUGAAGAGAUGUUUUGCAUAUUGUUCAAUUUUUCCAAAGGAUUACCCACUUGAUAGGAAGCAAUUGGUUUUGUUGUGGAUGGCAGAAGGCUUCCUUGAUUGUUCUCAAGGGGGGAAAACAAUGGAGGAAUUAGGUGAUGAUUGUUUUGCUGAAUUGUUAUCGAGAUCUUUAAUUCAACAAUCAAGCGAUGAUGCUCAUGGCGAAAAGUUUGUGAUGCAUGACCUUAUCAAUGAUUUAGCUACAUUCGUAUCAGGAAAAAUUUGUUGCAGGCUUGAAUGUGGUGACAUGCCUGAAAAUGUUCGUCACUUCUCAUAUAACCAAGAAGACUAUGACAUUUUCAUGAAGUUUGAGAAAUUAAAAAACUUCAACUGCUUGCGAAGCUUCCUAUCCACUUACUCUACGCCGUACAUAUUCAAUUGCUUAUCCUUAAAGGUGCUUGAUGAUUUGCUAUCAUCACAAAAAAGGUUGCGUGUGUUAUCUCUAUCAAAGUAUGUAAACAUCACCAAACUACCAGAUACAAUUGGCAAUUUAGUGCAAUUGCGGUAUCUAGAUAUCUCUUUCACUAAAAUCGAAAGCUUGCCUGAUACAACAUGUAACCUUUACAAUUUGCAGACCUUGAAUUUAUCAAGUUGUGGGAGUCUCACUGAAUUGCCAGUACAUAUUGGAAAUUUAGUCAAUUUACGUCAGCUUGAUAUAAGUGGGACUGACAUAAAUGAGUUGCCUGUGGAAAUUGGGGGACUAGAAAACCUUCAAACUCUCACCCUUUUUUUAGUGGGUAAGCACAAUGUAGGGUUAAGCAUCAAAGAGCUAAGGAAAUUCCCAAACCUACAGGGAAAACUUACCAUCAAGAACCUGGAUAAUGUUGUUGAUGCCAGAGAGGCACACGAUGCCAACUUGAAAAGCAAAGAGAAGAUUGAGAAGUUAGAGCUGAUAUGGGGAAAACAAAGUGAAGAUUCGCAAAAAGUGAAAGUUGUACUCGAUAUGUUGCAACCACCAAUAAAUUUGAAGAGCCUGAAUAUUUUCUUGUAUGGUGGAACAAGCUUUCCAAGUUGGUUGGGAAAUUCUUCGUUUUCUAACAUGGUAUCCCUCUGUAUCAGUAAUUGUGAAUAUUGUGUGAUACUUCCACCCCUUGGGAAGUUACCUUCUCUCAAGAACCUAGAAAUAUGCGACAUGGAGAUGUUGGAGACAAUUGGCCCGGAGUUCUAUUAUGUCCAGAUUGAGGAAGGCUCAAGUUCUUCCUUCCAACCAUUUCCAUCCCUUGAGUGUAUAAAAUUCGACAACAUACCAAAUUGGAAUGAAUGGAUUCCCUUUGAAGGCAUAAAAUUUGCUUUUCCUCGACUUAGAGCCAUGGAGUUACGUAAUUGUCCAAAACUAAAGGGACAUUUGCCUAGCCAUCUUCCUUGUAUAGAAGAAAUUGAAAUUGAAGGUCGUCUAUUAGAAACAGGUCCCACUUUGCAUUGGUUGUCGUCAAUAAAAAAAGUUAAAAUCAAUGGGCUUCGUGCAAUGCUUGAAAAGUGUGUUAUGCUGUCAUCCAUGCCAAAAUUGAUUAUGAGAAGCACUUGUCUUACACACUUGGCACUCUAUUCACUUUCUUCUCUCACUGCAUUUCCCUCAAGUGGUCUACCCACUUCAUUGCAAUCACUUAAUAUUUUGUGGUGUGAGAAUUUAUCCUUCCUACCUCCUGAAACGUGGAGCAAUUACACAUCACUUGUGCGUCUAGAUUUAUGUCAAAGUUGUGAUGCACUUACAUCCUUUCCACUUGAUGGUUUCCCUGCGCUCCAAACACUUUGGAUACAGAAUUGUAGGAGUCUGGUUUCCAUUUGUAUUUUAGAAAGUCCUUCAUGUCAGUCGUCGAGACUCGAAGAACUUGUGAUCAGAUCCCAUGAUUCAAUUGAAUUAUUUGAAGUCAAGCUUAAGAUGGACAUGCUCACUGCUCUUGAAAAGUUGAUUCUAAGAUGUGCACAGUUGUCAUUUUGUGAAGGAGUUUGUCUACCUCCCAAAUUACAAACAAUUGUGAUUUCAUCUCAAAGAAUAACUCCGCCGGUUACGGAAUGGGGUCUCCAAUAUUUGACAGCACUUUCCUACUUGAGUAUUGAAAAGGGUGAUGAUAUAUUUAACACCUUGAUGAAGGAGUCGUUGCUACCCAUAUCCCUUGUGUCUCUAACGUUCAGAGCUCUCUGCAAUUUGAAGUCCUUUAAUGGAAAUGGGCUUCUACACCUCUCCUCUCUCAAACGUCUUGAAUUUGAGUAUUGUCAACAGCUGGAGUCAUUACCAGAAAACUACCUCCCUUCAUCUCUGAAAGAACUUACAAUUCGUGAUUGUAAGCAGCUUAAGUCAUUACCAGAAGACAGCCUCCCUUCCUCGCUGAAAUCACUUGAAUUGUUUGAAUGUGAAAAGCUUGAGUCAUUACCAGAAGACAGCCUCCCUGACUCUCUUAAGGAACUGCACAUUGAGGAAUGUCCAUUGUUAGAAGAAAGGUAUAAAAGGAAGGAACAUUGGUCCAAAAUUGCUCACAUCCCUGUCAUAUCAAUAAAUUACAAAGUCACAAUAUGAUAGACGAGUUGUGUUCCUGUUUCAGAAUAGGCAUAAUAAAUGGAUGAAAAUCAGCUCACUUGAUGAAAUGAAGACAAAAGUGAAACAAGAUUUUGAGUUCAUGAUUCCUCUUGUAAGCUUGUUUUAGAGGAGCCAAAUGCAUGGUUGCCAUUGAUUGCAUCAAGAUUGGAUUUGCUUAGCUAGUAUUAAUUAUGUAUUUUCUUAUCAUUUGACUUCACCUUUGAAUAUUUUUCAAUACUAUGCACACAGGGUUUGUAAUAUAAGUCAUUUUCGGUUUUACACCCUGUAAAAAAAAAAAUUGAUUUACCCCUCUG